UAUAACUGGCCACUUAAUAACGUUCCCAUUACUUCCACGAUAUCACUUCACUUCACCAUUAUUACACAAAUUAAACAAUAGUAGUUUAAAAGUAAAUUGGAUGACCGUUAAAUAAUAGAAAUAGAGUAAAAUAAAAUCCACAAACUCUGAAUUCGGCAACAACGCCUACUGAGUGUUCUGCGCCCUGUCAAAAGCGCACUCAUCAAUUGGGCGCAAGCGCACACUGUCAUCUUGGCUUAUGUCGUUUCUUGUGUACCCUUGACAGCUGUUUGAAAACAUUAUUUAAUUAGGUUAAUUUUGAUUUAAUACUAUGAACAAUUUUUCCUAGAAUUCACUCGUCGUCUAUUAAGUUUUGUCUCUUUUGCAAUAGUUGCCCUACGAAAAUGCUCGAUUUGGAAGAUGAUUACUUUUUAGAAGAAGACAAACUGUAAGUAUUCUUAUCACUGUUCUGUUAUCAAGGUUUUAUUUCAAAAUUUGCAUUAUCUUACCAUACGUUGCCGUGUCUUUUAUUUCUUAAUUUACCCUUCUCGUUUUUUUGUUGUUUAUAUUUCUGUUUACUUUUCGUCAUAAUAGUUUCAUUUCUGCGUUUUAAUUAUUUUAAAUUUCACCUUUCUCAAUGGAAAAAGAUAGUGGCAUUAAUUAUACACCAAUUCAGUUAGUCCAACGAGUGAUUCCCUCUAGAAGAUUUUUUGAUUUCGAAGACAAACUGGGCAUGAUGGUAACAUCAGGUGUGGUUAACAUUAAAAAAGAUACUUCUAACUUGAUAGGGAUAAGCAUUGGUGGGGGAGCUCCCCUGUGCCCCUGUCUUUAUAUUGUUCAGGUUUUCGAUAACACACCCGCAGCUCGUGAAGGAACUUUACAGAGUGGAGAUGAACUUGUCGGUGUUAAUGGGCAGUCAGUCAAAGGAAAAACAAAAGUCGAAGUGGCCAAGAUGAUUCAGGGAUGUAAAGAUGAAGUGAGCAUAAAGUAUAACAAAUUACAUGCAGAACCAGCCCAAGGUAAAUCUUUAGACAUAGUUCUUAAGAAAGUGAAACAUCGCCUAGUGGAAAAUAUGAGUACAUCAACAGCUGAUGCUCUGGGAUUAUCCCGAGCGAUCCUUUGUAAUGAUAGCCUUGUAAAAAAACUGCAGGAACUUGAAGCUACUGAAGCAAUGUAUACUGGACUUGUAGACCACUCAAAAAGGGUACUCAAGGCAUUUUAUGGUCUUCUUCAAGUUUACAAAGGUAUUUGUUCACUAUUGCAUUUGUACCUUGCAGCUUUCGGGGAUGUGUUUGCUGGAAUUGGAGUAAGGGAACCACAACCUAGAGCGAGUGAGGCAUUUAGAUCUUUUGGUGAUUAUCAUAGACUAAUGGAAAAAAACGGCAUUCAGGCUCUUAGAACAGUAAAACCUAUUUUAUCUGAUCUUGGAACAUAUUUGAACAAAGCUAUACCAGAUACUAAGCUUACCAUAAGAAAGUACGCUGAUGCGAAAUUUGAGUACCUCUCUUAUUGUUUAAAAGUGAAAGAAAUGGACGAUGAAGAGUAUUCUUAUGCAGCACUGCAAGAGCCUCUAUACAGAGUUGAAACAGGAAACUAUGAAUACAGGCAAGAAGCCCGAGCUCGAUUCGCUAGGCUUCGUUCUGACGUUCUCGUGAAACUUGAACUUCUAGAUAACAAACAUGUCCAAGAUAUAGUACAGCAACUUCACAGAUUCGUUAAAGCAUUUGCUUUGUUCUAUGAAGAAGGAAAUAAGUUGAUCAGUACAAAUUCUUUAUUUCCCAUUGAAAUGGACUUAUCUCGAUCUGCAUUUCAGUACAAUAGUACUUCUUUGCCUCAGUAUGAUGAUGACGACGAGCUGAUUCAAGAAGUAGAAGAAGCUGAGGAAAUGAAAGCUGACCCAGAGCCAUUGAUUGAUGGCUUACACGAGAGCGAUUCAAUUGUGGAGUCACCCAAAAAUGAAGGUUACCUCAAUCAGUUAAUAUCAGAUUUGGACAUCAAUAAAGAACCCAAUGUUGGGACAUUAAUUGGUCUGGAUUGAUUCUCUCUGAAUGUUUUCCCGCCUGUUUUAGACUGUAAUAUAGCUUUAUAUGUUAAACAUUUUUAUUCCUAAAUAUUUAUUAAUGUCAUUUUAAGUCAUGUGAAAUGAAACAUAUAUUUAUAGAUAUUAUUUUUAAAUUAUAAUUUUACUAACAUCAUUAUUUGUAAAUAAGUAAUAAUUUACCAUCCAAUUUUUAUAUUUAUAAUGAAUUAAUAAAGGACUAUUGAAUAUUUGUUGUCAUGGAAUUUGAUUAAAGCUGUCUAUGAGGUUCUAAAAUUGUAAUCUCCUUGAAUCAACCAUUAAUUUUUAUUUAUCUUAUUUUUUUUUAUGCAUUUUUUUUAAUAUAUUUAGAUUACUGAGUAGACUAGGGUAUAUUUAAAUUUGAGCAUAACUAAAUAGGGUUACUGCAUUAAGGAUGACAAUCUUUGGAGUAAGGGCCCAUCCUGUGAGUAGUUUGACCUCGCUGACCACUUUUAAAAAAUAAAAAUUAAAGACAGUAUAAGGUUAUUUUUUAAAAAGUACAGUACAGUAUUAGUUAUUUUUAUACCUUAUUGUUAUUUUUAAAAUUAUAACAAGCUAGCAAGAGAUUUAAAAUUUUUUGACCAUUGCUGGAAGUGAAAAUUUCCCUAUUUACAUGCUUCUAUCAACUUUCCUCUUUAUAUUUCUCAGAGGACAAUAAAAAUAAAAUAAGGUGAAUAGAAUAUACUGCUCUGCCUGGCACUAUUAGAGAAGAGAGAGAGGUUUUACCAGCCUGUACUUCACAUUACAUUUAAAAUUAACAUCUUAUAAAUUAUACCACUAAUUUUUUAUUACUUUUAUAAACCAAAACGAACGAAAUGCCAAAAAUUGCUUAUGAACAAUUUAAGUUCCGGCCGUACAAUGGAUUCAACUUAGAUUGUAACUAUUACGGAAAAAGUAUUUUGAAAAUUUUUGGAUUCCUCAUGAUUUACAACUUACUUCUAUUUCUUCUAAAAUUUUAUUCAAAGCAGUUUGGUAAUUGAGGAGAACAAGAGUUCUAUGCAAAUGAAAAAAACAAACUCUGUGUUUAGGGAAGAUAUAUCUUCCAAUAAAAAAAAUCCAAUUCGAAGUUAAAGAAAACUCAUUGAAUACUACUGCUAUUCCUGAGCUAUCUCCAGAAAUCAGGAAGAGGAAUGAGCCUAUAGGGCAAGAGUCCAGGCAGGAAUGAAUAUUCAUGGAAGAAAAAGGGACAGCAGGCUAUGUGUGGUUGUUUUUGUUUUAUUAUUUCUUUUUUAUUCAAACACCAUAAAAUGAAACUCUAACCACUUCCAAGCAGGGAGAGUGAGAAGAAGAAUCCAAAGCAUAAGUGAUACCUGAACAAUUUGACCUCAUCAGCACUUCUUUCAAAAUGCUUUCAUACAUUCAACGCAUCAUAUUUAAUAAUAGGAAUAACUAUUGUAUUCUUUCAUUUAAUUUUAAAAAACAAAAUUGAUUAACCAACUAGCAACAUUGUAACUCUAAUUGUGACUUACAUUCAACAACAGUGUAUGUUUUUCUAAUUACAGCAAACAAUUUUUACUUACAGACCACUAGCACUUACCUACACUGCCUCCACUUAAUAUUAAUUUUCUAUGGUAAUGUUUCCAGUCGAGAAAUGCUAUACAAAAACAUUCAGAACUCUGAACUGUUUAAAUCGAAAUAUUAUUUAAAAAAAUGUUUAAAGCUGUGUACAUAUAUCAAUCUGAUUGUUUAAUUUUUUCUGUUUUUCAAAAAAAGAACAUAUAUAUCAAUGAAAUUAGAUAUAUUUAAUAUUUACAAUUCACUAUCUUUGUUUGACAAGAUUGUAACUGAAAAUUUUUUAUUAAAACAAGAUUAUUUUUGGUUCUUUAACUCUACUUUAAGAUUAAAUGCAAUUCUUUAUUUUAAAAAGUUAUAACUUCACUUCCAUCUUUGUCAUAUUCAAUUUUACUCCAUUUUGUCUGUGACAAUGUUUUAACUGCAUUUCAACAUUUUUAAAAAAAUUUUUUUACACAUCUUCAAAAGUUAAAUUAUAACCUUGUAAACAAAUUAUAACAGAAUUAAUCAAUUUUAUUAAUAACAAAAAAGUGUUAGCAUUUUAUAAUUUUAAACUCAUUUUUCUUCAAAUUAAAGUUAGAUCUGUUAGAGCCUUGUCAAAACAAGAUAGUGAAACUAUGUUUUGUACUAUUGACAUAUAAAUGUCUCUGAUAGAAAAUUGUAAUUUUUCUUUUCAAGAUGAAUAUAUCUCUGAAUAUGAAUAUAUGGUUUGACUGUAUUAGUUUCCAAAAUUUAACUUUUCUGUCAUGUCUAGCCAAUGAUACAUUACUAUUAUUGAGUAAUCUAUUAAUAAACACUUUUAAAGAUAUGUUAAGCAACAAUUAUAAGGCAAAUAAUUAUCAGUUUUUUUUUGUCUUUGCAUGCUUCAAUGUGAGACAGAACAAAAACUAAGAAAGAAUGUAUGACAAUUUUUUUUUAUUAAAAUAGAUCAUUUUAUAUAAAAAUUAACAUAAUAAAACGAAAAGAUUUAAAAUAUGAAUGCUAUUUGCAUACAAGUAUCACACUCCAUUUAUACAACUAUAUGCAAUACUUUAUAAGUUAUUUACAAAAAUGGUAAUACAACAAUUAUAUAAUAACCUAUUUACAAAAACAGGAAGAAAAAAACUAAAUUAUAUACAGAUACAAUUAAAGAUCAGUUUUAGAUAAUAUAAUAAAUCAUAUGGGCACUUAAAAAUCUUGGUUAUACAUAUAACUUCAUUGUUCAUUAGCAUUUAAUGUUCUACCAAUAUUAAAUGUAAUGGGUCAGUCUGGUUACAUUUUACCAUGAUUCACAAAACCAAUUCAUAACAGGCAACUAUUAAGAAGAAUCAUUAACGCUAAUAUCAGAUCAAGGUAACAUGAUAAAUGAAAAACUAAUAAAUAAAAUUAUCUUGCAUUUCUGCUUCUAAAAACUUUUUAAAAAAAUCAAUAUAAAAAUACUAGAAACAAAAUAAAACUAAAAUAAACCGAAUAGAUAUUUUGGAUUUAUAUUACAAAGUUAUAAAAAUACUCGGUAUGAAAAUACUUCUUUAAAGCCAACAUUUUGGGCACUUGCAGGGUCCAUGAUCUAAUAAUACAUAUCAUUAGGGAACACUGUUUGAGAUCAAAAGCCAAAAGUUAAGUAACAUGUUUUAAUUACAGCUUAUUGAUUAGUCAGAAAAUUCAAAUAAAAGUUUUUAGAAAAAAAAAAGAAGCAAAGGACGAAUUAAUUUACAUAAUAGUAAUAAAACUAUAUUGAUAAAUAAAACAAUAUCACCUCAAUAUUUCGAUAAUAUCAAUAGAAAACACAUAUUUUACUAAUUGCCAUGAAAUUAUUUCAUUUUAUCACAACAUAAAAAAAGGUACAUGCAUGAUGAAUAACACAUAGGAAGCCAAAUGUAAUAUAUAAAAAUUAAAAAUAUUUAUCUUCAUUCACAUGCAGAACAUUUUAGAAACAUUAUUUUUUUUAAACAUAACUUUUAAAAAAUUACAUUGUAUAAUAUUAAAUAUAAUAAGAUUAUGGUUAUUACUAAAUUUAACAUGCUGUACCUAUCUUUUGGAAGGCGAAUAUCAAAAAUAUCUUCAACUGUUAAAAUUAAAAAAGAAGCAUAUUUAUUAACUUAGAUUAUACACUGUUUGAAACAAAAUGAAAAAAAGUAUAAUCAUAUCACUGCUCUUCUGAACUAGAAUUGACCAGAUACAAUUAAAAUAUUUAUAUUAUUUCGUGAUAUAAGACAAAAAGAGUACAUGAGCAAUAGAAUACCAAAAGGGGUAUUCUUAAAACAGAAUACACCCGAAUCAUACAUUUUAAUUGUAAUAAUAUUGAAACAACUUUCAUGAUCAAUUGUGUUUUAAGAAAUUACAUGAAAGGCGAUAAAUAUGAUACACUAAACACCUCGAAGUUCUAAUGCUCUUCGUCUGAUAUUUGCCAUAUUCUCUGACAUAGCCGUGAGUAGAGCUGACUCAACAGCAGAUUGUGGAAGCCAACCACGAAUAUUUGUAUUAAGAAGCCAUCGAACUUCAGUCUCAAAGGCAGCAACUUGUUUCAAAGCCCAACAGCCAGACCCAUUUUCAGCCCUAAAAUAUCCAACAACUUAUACAAAGUACUACUAGUAUCCCUGAUAACUUACUAACUAGCAUGAUCAAUAUGGUAAGGAACUAAUCUAAAAACUUGUUAUAGCAAGUUACAUAAUCAUAUUAAGUAUGUUGAUAUAUGAGUGUAUGUUAUUAUAGAAUUAUAAAAUAAAAUAUUCCCGAAACUCUGCAUGUGAGAAUAUUCAAAACAAUCCAACAAAGGUAAUGAGAAUUUCAUAGCUAUUAGAAACAUGUUUCCCGUGUUGGAUUGCUAAUCCCAUAUCGGGCGCUUCGAACUCGGGCGACAUGAAAAACACUUGUCUCUAGGAACAUGGAACGUGAGAAGCCUCCAGAUCGGAGCAAGCAGGAAUCUUGAGGAAGAACUUUUAAGGUAUAAAAUAGAUGUAGCAGUACUCCAGAAAAUCUGCUGAAAGGAUAACAAGCUGGUAAACCUAAAGGACUACUUUUUUAUUAACAGUGGACAUAAUCAGAACCAAGUUGAGACAGGGUUUAUGAUAAAUAAUAAACUAAAACACUUCCUACACUCCCUGCUGAAAUAUGAACCCGUCGACCCACAUAUCUGUGCAAUAAGACUAAGGGUACUGUUCUUCAAUAUUUCUAUGGUCAGUAUGCAUGCCCCUACUGAAGAUGGGGACGAUGAAACGAAGGACGCAUGUUAUGACUCUCUAGAAAGAACCUACGAUGCUUUACCUGCCUAUGAUGUGAAACUUGAAGACUUCAGACCCACAUAGGGCUAAAUAGCAAACACGAGGAAUCUAAUAACAACGGGUUCAGGUUUGUGGAUUUUGCAAUGGAAAGAAGCAUGGUAGUAAGCAGCAUACACUUCCAGCACAGAGAUAUAAAGAAACAUGGAUAUCACCAGAUGGUAGGAGAGAAAUCAAAUAUAUCACGUCUUGAUUCAGCCGAGACAUGCCAUAGAUAUUCAAGAUUUCCAAAGUUAUAGAGGAGCAGUGUGUGGCUCAAACCACCAUCUAGUCAAAAUAAAAUAUAAGCAAAAAAUUGUGUUGAAGGCACGAGGAAGAGCAGAACAGCCUCUGCCUCGCUUUGAUGUGGAAGGGCUGAAGGAUGAAAGUACAAGACAAAUAUUUGUCACGAGAGUGUCUGAGCUACUCGGAAGAAAUGGGGGAAUAAAUGAUGUCUCCUCAAGGUGGACACAUCUGAAAGAAGCCUUAAAUAGAGCAGCAAUGGAGGAACUAGGUGAAAAACCUAGACCAGCAAGAAACAAUUGGCUUAAUGACGAAUGCAGGACAAUACUCGAAGCAAGAAAUGAGACAAGGUGUAGGAUGAUUCAGCAUCACUAAAAGUACAACUAAGGAGUAUAGCGACAAGAGAAAGGAACCAAAGAAGAUCUGCAGACAGAAGAAAAGAAUCUGGGAAAGAAAGGAGCCAGACCAGGAGGAAAUUGUGAGCAAUCUAAAGAUGCAUAAAGCUCCUGGGAUAGAUGCGAUUGAAGCGGAGCUGCUGAAAUACGGUGGGGACGAAGUAUGUGACCAGCUCAUAUAUGAUGUCUGCUCAGAAGAAGAAAUCCCUGACGAUUGGAAAGUAGCGGUUAUCCGUCUCAUAUAUAAGAAAGUCAUCAAGCUCUGCUGCUCUAGCUACAGAGGGAUUUCUCUGUUGAAUGUGGCCUACAAGGUAUUGUCUACUGCCAUCAACCAGAGACUUACCACUCACAUGGAAAGAGAAGUCGGGGAGUACCAAAUCGGCUUGAGGCAAGGAAGGUCCACAAUAGACCAAAUAUUCACAGUGCGCCAGAUGCUGUUGAAGUCUUUGGAACACGAGAUUGACCUACAUCAUCUUUUCAUUGGCUUCAAACAGGCCUAUGAUUCAGUGGAUCAAUCAACACAGCUCAGAGAUCUUGUAUCCCUGGGUGUUUAAAGGAAACUGAUUAUGCUGGUAUAAUCAGAUAAAGAAAUAAUAAGGUAAAGAUUAAAUCUUUGGCAUAAAAUAUUCAUGGUUAAGUAGAAAUAGUUUAGUUUGGUUAAUAUUAGUUUGAUUACGUAUCUUGAUUAAAGUUGUUAGUUUAAAUGGUAAUUAUAAAGAAUAAAUGUAUUUCAUUUUUAUUAUCAAACAUAUGUUCAAAUCAUUGCGUGAAAAGGUGAGGUUUCCUUCUUGUUGUAACUUUCUAUUUCCUAAUAUCUUCAUAAAGACAAAAAUAUUACAGAAGAAUCCAUAAAAUUAUUAAAAAAAAAGGAAAAAAAAAAAAGAUUUUAAUUAAAAUAAAUCAAAUAUAAAUUAUCCCUAUUCAUUUUUGAGCAGUAGGUAUAGAUGUGAAAUAAUUAUAUAUAUAAAUAUUAUGUUCUUAGGAUAGUAUAAUGUAGAAAACAAAUAAAUUAUUUUUAAAUAAAAAAAUUUAAAUAGUACACCCUCGAUAUAGAUAAAAUAUCAUAAUACAAAAAAUAUUAAGAAAACAAAGAAGUACCUAAUAACAUUUGGUCGUGAUUGCAAACUAGGAUGUUUGACAGAGCAAGUUGCAAUAAUAUGAUAGCCAUUUUUCUGAACCAAAUUACGAAGUAAGAUAAAUUCCCUGCUGGAGACUAGGCCUUUUGCAGCUUCAGCUGACAACUGAUAAAUUACGUCAACAUUUUCAUCGUACUUCUGUAAAAAUAAAAACGAAAUGUAUAUUUAUGAUGAUAAUAAUUACAUAAAUAUAUGCUAUUUACAUACAAAAACUGACCUGAAGGAAUUUUGACUCCUUCACCGUAGGAUUCCAUAAAGGAACCUCAUUUACUUGGUGAUAUAAGAUGUCUAUAAGGAGGCUGAUGGGAGCUUCAACUACACCCUGGUGGAAAAUGAAAUUUAUAUCAUUCAUAAUUAUUUAAAAAUAGCUCUAGUUAUAUUUUAUUAAUUUGAAAGACAAUAUAACUUAUAAAUACAAAUGAAAAAAUCUACAAAUGAUAGAGAUAAUAGAAAGAUAUUAUGUUGUUGAUAUAAUUACAAUUAUACAAAUUAUUGCUGUAAUUUAUAACUUUAAACUUUAAAAGUUAUAGUUUCUUUCCUAAUCAGACAUGUUUUUGAUGAGUUGGGUUUCCUUAAGGGUUUUCCUUUAGUUAAUGUCUCAGAACACAAAACCACAUUCAUAAUAAAUGAUAAAAUUGAUUGUAAUGUAGAUUGGGAUGAGAUAAAAAUAAUCGCAAAUAAAUAGCAAGGAAUGAUUUUGAACAGGGUAUAGAAUAAGAUAGAUCUAACACCAGUUAUUUAACAAAUCAAUUAUUACAAAAUUUACUGAAAACAAACAGAAAAUUAUCUAAUAUUUUUUUUUCUGAGUCUGUUAUUUUUCUUUUGAGUAUAGAAAAAUAAUAACAUAACAAUCAACUUACAAUGAGACGAAAAAUUUUUUCUCCUUUUGCUAAUUUCUGAAUGUAAAUAACGUCUCCUGAUGGUGAUGUAGUUUCAACAGUCCAUUUAUCAUUAUUCAAUAUACUCCAGGCUUCUUCAAAUAUUUCAUUGCUUCUAAUUUUUACAUAUGCAGCAAAAUCAGCCUGUAAUGAGAUUUAAAAAAAAAAUAGAAAUCAAAACAAAGCUGAAAAUUCACAUAUGAGUAAUAAGAGAGUCCAAUUGGAAUCUGAUGCCUUAACUAGUUUUAGAAAAUUAAGCUGAACCACAGAAAUAUAUACUUAAGUAAAUCAAAUAGUAAUUACAUGAUGAAUAAGGUGUAAAAUAAAGUUCACCUACUUCAUUCACCCAUUCACAUGGUUUGACUGAAGUUUUUCUUCUAAACAUUUCAGGUAGAAUCAAAAGGUUCAAGAGACCAAUAGAGACUGGGUCUCGGUAUUAAAAAGUAUGUAUGAGCUUUGAAUAAAUAAAUAAAUCAUAGGACGAAAUUUCAUAUCUAAGUGUAUACAUUUACAGAAGAAAUGUAUAAUGUAUAAAUGCAUGCAUAAAAUUGUUUCUAAAGGAGAAAAACCAUCUCGAGUACACUGCAGGAAGUUCACAACUUUAUAGGACUUAUUUUCUACAUUUUUACUUGUUUCAGAAAAUGAACAGUAAUAAGAUUCCGUCAUAAAUUAGGACAAUAGUUAACACCAAAUUCUUGAAGGCAAGAUCAAAGGUUUUGAAAAAGGAAAUAAAUCGCUUACGUUUAAGAAACAUAUUUAAAUAUUCUUUAUAUAUUUGAAUUUAACACAGCAAAAAAAUAUUGUUUUAAUUUUGAGCCAUAAAGAAGUAAAGUAAAAUUUCUAACCUCAGCAUUGAGUACAUUAAUGUUUUACCCAGUUUAACGAGGAGUCUAAUGCCAUCGAUUAUUUCAGCAACGAGUUUAGAAACUUUCUCUAGAUUAUCAAGAUUCUAAUGUCUUCAUAAGAGUGAAGAGGUAACAUGAAGGUUAGGAGCUACUGAUAAUACAUAUACAAAUUAACAUAUGUUGGUAAUAUAAAGAAUAUAAAAUACCUGUUCUUUCUUUUUAUCUGGCCUGUCUGAUUCAUCAUCAGAUCCUAUAAAUUAAAUUAUAGAAAGUGAAUUAGAAAAAUUUAAUCCAAUAACAAAUGACUACAUUUAAGUACCAAUAUAUAUUUGUAUAACAAUUUACUAUAAUAUAUUCUAAUGUUAAAUAUAAAGCAAUCAAGGAAGAGAGACCUACAUUAUAAGAUAUUGAGAAGAAUUAUAAUUAUUAUCAAUUAUACAUUUAGUAAUUGACAAAGUGAGGUAACUGAGUAAAACUACCUCUGAAAAGAAUACUCAAGAAGCUAUACAAUCGGAAUAGAUUAUAUGAAGAAUGAAACAGACUUUAAUAUCACUAAUAAUUAUUUUGUUUGAAUAACCAUGUGACAUCCCUAAUGUUUUAUUUCACAUUAAAAAUAUGAUAUUUAAUAAAACAGAAAUUUUAAUUAUUAAAAAGUGAGAUCUAUGACAUCCACCCAUGUCCAGCUAGGAGUUUGCAUUUAUGGAACGGUUUAGUUAAAAACAUAAUAAUUACCUGCUGGAGAUUCAACUGGUGAGUAAAAUGUUCCUGCGACAGAAUCUGACAUCACAUCGAAUUGAGCAUGAUUGUGCAGAAAACUUCUGAUAAGUGGAGUCCUUUCAUCAGGAGUGGUUGGAUCUAAAAUGAUAACAAUAAUACAAAUUCAUAAAAAUAUUCUAAUUCUUAACUGAUUUUAGCCCUCUAACAAAGAAAUGUUUUUUACCAAAGAUAGAAAGGUCUAUAUAAUAUUGAAGAAAUAGAAAGAGCAAAAACAUUGAAGUUUCAAAUUAUCAAAAUUCAAAUGUAAUAAUCUAUUCAUAUAUAUAUUUAGUACUCCCAAUACAGUUGGUUUAGGCAAUGGUUAUAAAUGAAAUAACAUACAAAGAAGAAGAUUUAUUUUGUUGUGUACCUGUUUUGGUGCCUCCUAUGCCAAAUCAACUAGUACUAUUUGAUCUACGAUCAAUAAUACCUCUACUAUUUUGAAAGUUACAAAUAAGAAUAGCCUCAAAAAUAAUUAUCAACAGUGAAAUUUAAAUGAAUUAAGUACAUAUAUAUAUAUAAAAAUACUUAGGAAUAGUGUGUUAGCACUUUUAAGAUAACCAAGGAGACAUAGUACAUCAAUUAACAGAGUGGUAAGGUGUUCAGGAAAAACCAUCCAAUUGGUCACUCAGCUUCAUGAGCCUGUGUAGGAAAAUAAUUUACAGGGUACUGUUUUAAUAAUAUGUAAUCAUUUGUUACUGAAUAAACAAUCAAUUUUCCUGAAAUUGAUUGUAAUAAAUUAUGAAAACUUUUCGUUUUAUAAAAUAAACAGUUUUUAUGGAUAUAAAAAUUGAAAUGUUAGCAAAAAUCAACAUAUGAAUUACUGCCCAAGAUUGAAAGAAAGGUACAACAAAUCAAAGUGUUAAAAAAAAUCCAACAUGAUAAAUAUAACAAAACUUGAUCAGAAUUUGCAUGGCUGACUAUUAUACACCAACAGCCAUGGUAGAAAUUCAUUGGUCUCUACCAUAUUGAUGAUUUUUUCAUUUUGUUUAGAAAGAAAAGCUAAGGAGAAGAAGAAAAGCUUGAUAGGCACUAAAUCCGAAUUCCGUAUCAUUUCUGGAAAUAACAAACACAAAAUACUUGUUGAUAGACAAAUGAAUCUUUGAUUUUUUAAUUUAAUGUAGAUUAUUAUAAAAGGAUAGUUAAUUAAUGAAAAAAAAUAACAACAAAUUUAGAAAACCAACAUUAGCUUGAAUUCUCAAACAUAAAUUUGAGUUAAGAAACACUAUUUUUAGCAGAUGAUUUACAUUACAAUUUAUAAAUAUUCAUUGUAUUACCUAACAUAAAAUAUUUGAAAACCAUCCAAAAAGCCAAUAUAAUAAAAUACUAUAACCAUAACAUGAGAAGUCUUCAGAGGAAAGUGAAGAAGAAAAUUAGUAGAGGUAGCAGUUAAUGAAGAAUGGAGAACACAAUUGCUGAGCAAGCAAUUAUUAUGACAGAGUAGCAAAAUUUUGAAGAACAAUUAUACACAUUUGACAUAUUCCAUAAGAAUUAUAUCAGCACAUAUUUAAAAAAAAAAAAUGCUGGUGGCAAAUUUUCAAUACAGUAAUGACAUGAAGAAAAGUAACUACAUAUAUUAAAUAUUAAGGCAAAAAUAAAAGAUUAUAUUUUUUCAAUUAGGAAUUUCCACUAAUAGUGGGUUUCCUUAACCUAAAGAUUAUUUAAUUAAUUAAAAAAAAUUAAAAGGUUUUUUAAAUUAAAAUACAAAGCUCAAGGGAUAAAAUCAUUUCAUGUAUCCCUUAGCAUACUAAAACUUUAUCACUAUUUUUGGCGGUUUUAUACCAGAUAUGAAUUGAUACGCUGUUAGUAGUCUUAACAUGUUACAUGACAUUUCUGGUAUUCAUUUGUUAUACAUACAAAAUAAAAUUGUUAACAAAAAAAUUCAUACUUGUCGUAAGAAAUUGUUGAGCUGAUCGUUCUUGAGGUAUGACUUUGAUGUCCAAAAGCCACCCCUCAGCCCACGACAGGAUGAAUGAAGAAAGUAUCAGGAGAACAGAUAACACCUGCUGACUUUGAGUCCACUACCACAA